AUGACUGGAUUGACUGGUAAUCUACCGCCACUAUCUGUGGAAGGUAAUUUAUGCCAAAACUGGAAUGAAUGGAUACAAGACUUCAAUAUUUAUAUGACUGCCAGUGGGUAUGAUUCACUAAAAGAGUUUAGAAAAGUGUCAAUAUUCUUACAUUUCAUCGGUAAGCCAGCGCUCAAAAUAUUUAAUUCAUUUAAUCAGGAUAUUAAAACAGUUACACUGGAAACAGUUAUCUCUUGUUUUGCUGACUACUUUAUUCCUCGCAAAAAUGUUACUAUCGAGCGUCAUAAAUUUUUCACUAGACUGCAGUCUGCAGAUGAAAACAUCAGUGAAUACGUAGCAGAUUUAAAAAAUUUAAGCAUGUCUUGCGAAUUUGAUACACUGCGUGAGAGUCUUGUUAAAGACGUACUUAUAUUUGGUCUACAUAAUAAUUGGCAACAAUUAAAGCAACAUUUAUUAAGAGAAGAUGAACUGUCUCUUGAUAAGGCUUUAAAAAUAUGUUCAUCGAUGGAAUUAUCUAAACAUCGUACGGAACAAUUAAAUAAUCCCAGUGAAGAGGUGCUGACAGUUCAAACAACCAAAGUAUCUUCAAGUCGUUCAAGGAAAAAUUCACAGUCAAAAUCAAAAUGGUCAUCUCAAAGGAACACAAGUCAAAAGAGGGAGUUGUCAAGUGCACAGAAAAGGAACAAUAAUGGUAAGUAUGUCAGUAGUAAAAGUAAUAAUUGUACUCGGUGUGGACAAAUACAUAAAUUUAAAUGUCCUGCGUUUGGUGUACAAUGCAAUAACUGUAAAAAUUAUAAUCAUUUUGCUAAAUUUUGUAAGUCGAAGUCUGUCAAAGUGGUUUCAAUAGAAAGUAAUAAUGAAUCAGAAACUGAUCAAUUAUUUGUCGGUACUGUUUAUACUAUAAGUAACAAUAGUUCUCAAACAUGGCAAAUUGAUUUAUAUAUCAAUAAUAUUCCUAUAAGUGGCCUACUUGAUACUGGUGCACAAGCUAAUAUAAUGUCUCUUCAUAACUUAUUAAAACUUAAAGUUAGUGAAGCCUCUAUCAUAAAAAAAAAUACAACCAAGCUUAUGUCAAUACACUCCAUAGAUAUUCCCACACUAGGUACAUGUAGUCUCAGAUGUUGUUAUAAAAAUAGUAUUGAAGUCAUUACAUUCUUUAUAGUAGAUUUUGAUUGCAUAACAGUGUUAGGUUUGGCAUCGUGCCAACAACUUAAUCUACUACAACGAGUCAAUGUUGUUAACAAUAACUCUAGCCACAGUGUACUAAAAUAUUAUAAUGAUAUAUUUGAAGGUCUAGGUUGUCUACCUAUAAAAUGUCAUAUUCAUAUCAACAAUGAGGUUGAACCUAUUAUUGAUGCACCCCGUAAAAUUCCUUUUGCUCUGUAUGAACAACUUCGUAAAGAACUGGAUAAUAUGUGUUAUUUAAAAGUUAUAGAGAGAAUUGCAUCACCAACGUCAUGGGUUAGUUCAAUAGUCAUAGUGAAGAAGAAAAAUAAUAAAUUAAGAAUAUGCUUAGAUCCUAGAAAUUUGAAUAGAGCAAUUAGUCGGUCACAUUACCCUCUUCCUACUUUUGAGGCAGUUAAAACUCAAUUGAGUGGCACUAAAUUUUUUUCAACACUAGAUGCCAACUCGGGGUUUUGGAUGAUACCACUUGAUGAAAAAAGCUCUGAGCUCUGUACAUUCAAUACACCUUUCGGUAGGUAUAAAUUUCUCAGGUUGCCAUAUGGUCUUAACUGUGCACCUGAAAUUUUUCAUCGUAUUAUUACUGAACUGUUCUCUGAUAUUGUUGGAGUUAUUGUAUAUAUUGAUGACUUAAUUAUAACAGGUACAACUCUAGAAGAGCACAAUCAACGACUUAAGAAAGUGUUGGACAGAGCAAGGGAAGUUAAUCUAAAAUUUAAUAAAAGUAAAUGUAUAAUAGGUGUUACUGAAGUAAAAUUCUUGGGUCAUGUUUUUAAUAGUGAAGGGGUUAAACCUGAUCCUGAUAAAAUUAAAGCCAUUGUCAAUAUGCCUUCUCCCAAGUCAGUUAAAGAUUUACAAAGAUUUCUGGGCAUGAUAAAUUAUUUAAGUUCAUAUAUUCCUAAAUUAGCUGAUGAGACAACACUUUUGCGAUCACUGCUUAAAAAGAAUACAUCAUGGGUAUGGGAUGAAAACUAUGAGUCUAUGUUUAACAAGGUUAAAAACAGUAUUACAACUGCUCCUGUCUUAUCUUAUUAUGAUCCGUCGAUACCACUAACAUUGUCAGUUGAUGCAUCUCAAUUUGCAGUUGGAGCAGUCAUUUUACAGAACGACAAGCCUUGUGCUUACGCUUCACAAACCCUCACUUCUGCACAACAAAACUAUGCUCAAAUAGAAAAAGAAUUGUAUGCAAUUGUUUUUGGUUGUAAAAGGUUUCACCAAUACUUAUACGGUCAGGUUGUCAAAGUUCAAACAGACCAUAAGCCUUUAGUUUCACUGUUCAAAAAGGCUUUACAUUCAGUCCCUACUAGAUUACAGCGUAUGAUGUUAAAUAUUCAGUCUUAUCAUCUUAAUGUUGAAUAUGUCCCUGGUAAACUCAUGGUAUUAGCUGAUACAUUGUCAAGGGCCCCACUUCCUGACUCAGAUGAGGACAAUAUAGAUGAAGAAUUAAUCUUGCAAGUUCAGGUAUUUUCUGAAAAUCUAGCCAUAGGGAAACAAUAUCUUGACAAAAUAAAAAAUGAGACUUUAAAUGAUUCAAUAUUUCAGAAAAUUAAAAAUAUCUGCAAGUCAGGAUGGCCUUUAAAUAAGUCUCUUCUUGAAAAUUCUCUCAAACCUUUUUGGACUUUCAGAGAUGAAAUUCAUGUUAUUGAUGACUUAGUCUUUAAGGGUAAUUGUCUAGUGGUCCCUACUAAACUUAGGUCUGACAUGUUAAAACUUAUUCAUGAAGGUCACAUGGGCAUUGAACGUUGUAGAAAUCAAAUAAAAGAUGUAUUAUUCUGGCCAGGUAUAAGCAAUGACAUUAAAAAUAUUGUAGAAAGUUGUGAGGUGUGCCUUAAGUAUCGGAACAACAAUGCUAAGGAACCAAUGAUUAGUCAUGCUGUACCAGACCUACCUUGGCAAAAACUAGGUAUAGAUUUAUUUCACCACAAUGAUAAAACUUAUUUAUUGGUAGUCGAUUACUAUUCAAAAUUUAUUGAAAUAGCACAUUUGUCCAAGGGUUCACAUGCAAAAUUAGUUAUUACUCAAUUAAAAUCUAUUUUUGCCCGAUUUGGUAUACCGAUGGAGAUAAUAUCGGAUAAUGGACCACCUUUUAAUGCUGCUGAAUUUAAAUUGUUUUGUUCGGAUUGGGGUAUAAAUAUUGUCACUUCUAGCCCAAACUAUCCACAGUCUAAUGGAUUAGCAGAAAGAUGUGUACAGAUAGUGAAAAAGUUACUUAAAAAGUCCUCGGAUACAGGUACAGACCCAUACAUUGCAUUAAUGCAGUAUCGUAACACUGCUAACAAUAGUUUAUGCUCUCCUGCACAGCUACUUAUGUCAAGGAAUCUUAGAACUAAGAUUCCUAUCAAAUUGUCUAGUCUGAAACCAAAAUUAGUGGAAGUAGAAAAUCACAAUAAACAAAUUUCCACCAAAACUGAUAAAGUAAUGUCCCAUUAUAAUAAAAAUACCAAGCAACUGUCCCAAUUAAAGCAAAAUGAUAAAAUAUUAUUUAAAAUUAAACCUAACAGUACGUGGAGUAAUGGUAAAAUAGUUGAAGUCUGUGCUCAACCUAGAUCCUAUAGAGUUGAAGCAGAUAAUGGUAAAAUCUAUAGAAGAAAUAGAAAGUUUAUUAUUAAAUCUGCAUUAAAAUCUGAAAAUAAAAAUAAAAAUGAAAAGUCUAUUGAAAUCAAUUUACAGGCAGAGACAAAAAAUAGGUUUGGUAGAAAUAUUGUUAAACCAAAAAGAUUCUUAAACUAA